ACAACCCAAGAAAAACCAGGACAAACACAGAUAACCCAGGACAACUCUGGACAACCCAGGAAACAACAGCCUCUGUCUAAAAGCAGGAUAGCACAGUUUCAGGUUCAAUGCCAUGUGAAAGACACUCACAACACCCUGAACAUCCCUGUUUUGAGGGAUGGGGUGGGAGAGGGUUUAUUGGAGGUGGGCUUGGACAGGUUUAUUGUGGACAGGCCUAGUUGUCUGUGUGUAAGGACCUGCAGUUGUCCCCUAGUGUGUACGGCUACAUUGCUGAUCUCAUCUCCAUCAGCUCAUCAUCUGCGGUGGAUUCAGCAUUGGUGCAGUCGGUGUGUGUGCUGGCCGUGUCUCCGGAGGUUUCGGCCCGGUUCUGGCCCAGUCUGCUGCCCCAGGUGGGGAUGGAGGCUCCCGGAAAGCUCUAUCAGCGGGCGGUGCAGCAGGGACACAGGAUGCUGUCAGGGAUCGGACACUGCGUCUCGAGGUUCGGAGAGUAACUAUGCAGAGAUGAAGGCAGGUGUUAACGUGGCAUAUCUGGACAUGCAGCUCAGUCACACUGGUUUGGUUGUGUUAGCUGCAGUGUGGCAUCCUGCUGAUACUCCAUGUUUAGCGUAUUUCUGCUUGGUCACACUUCCAGACACCAUGCUACCUGCAUCAGAAGAACUCUAUGUAGAGGUCACCAAGUACAACCCUCCAUUUCAGAGUGAGGAGGAGCUUCAUAAGACGAGGUUGGUGUUGCCGCGGGUGAAAGGUCCUGCCGCGUAUCUCUAUAACGAGGAGCUGGUGUACACGUGCACCACUGGUGCAGGGCGCAGCGGCCUCCCUGAAGAGAAGCUCACCUUCAAUUCCUCCAGUGACCGUAUUCGCGGCGGAGGCGUGUGUGCCGACUUGCCCUUUGUCUUCUCCCAUAUCCCAUACGGCCUGGUUGCCAUGGUGCCCAGAGAGAGCACCUCCAUCUUGCCAGAGACCAUGGAGGAUUCUCUAUGUGCUUCCCUGGCUGGACCUGGACCUGAGGAACCGCGUGAUGGAGGCCCAGAAGAUUACGGACGAGCUCUUUUCAGACGACGGCGAGGGAGGGGCAGGAGGGGAGCUGAAUCAGAUCGACCUGGACCUAAUGGACGAUUACCCCACCUCAGAUCCUCGCUGGGCUGAGUCUGUGCCUGACAAGAACGCCGGCUUCCCGUUGACCUCACUGAUCCUGCUGCACAAGCUGGCCGUCUCUCUGAAGAACCACCACAGCAAGCAGCCGGAGCUGGUGAACGCCGCCAUCGCCGUCACGCUGAGUAAAACCGCCAAGAGCGCCCCC